UGGCUGCCUUUUUUUUUCGGGUUCCCAGGCGACAGAAUUAAAACUUCACAUAUGGCUCAUUUGCAUCACUGAACCAGAAGAUUCCAUUAGAAGCGGGAAGUCGCAAUCAGACACUCAGACCAGACUAGACUGGACUAGUGGAUUGGCCAAUUAUUAGUCACCGUCACUGCCUCGCCUCCUGCCUCAGCUUGCGUCCGCGUGCCCUUUAUAAGCCACUCUCUUCCAUCAUCCCAACCCAUUCCUCCUUCUUAUCACUACCACUACUCCACCACAUUCAGAGAUCCUCAACAGUCUCGCUUUUCUACCAUUUCAUCCACUUACAACACCAACAACACAUCCCUUGACGACCGCAAUCAUGCAAAUCUUCGUCAAGACUCUCACCGGAAAGACCAUCACCCUUGAGGUCGAAUCCAGCGAUACUAUUGACAACGUUAAAUCCAAGAUCCAGGAUAAGGAAGGAAUUCCUCCUGAUCAACAGCGCCUUAUCUUCGCCGGAAAGCAACUCGAAGAUGGCCGCACCCUGAGCGAUUACAACAUCCAAAAGGAGUCUACUUUACACUUGGUCCUUCGUCUUCGUGGAGGUAUGCAGAUCUUUGUCAAGACUCUUACGGGCAAGACCAUCACCUUGGAGGUUGAGUCCAGCGACACUAUCGACAAUGUCAAGUCCAAGAUUCAGGACAAGGAAGGCAUUCCCCCUGACCAACAACGUCUUAUUUUCGCCGGCAAGCAACUUGAAGACGGUCGAACCCUCAGCGACUACAACAUUCAGAAAGAAUCCACCCUCCAUCUUGUUCUCCGUCUCCGUGGUGGUAUGCAGAUCUUUGUCAAAACCCUUACGGGCAAGACCAUCACACUCGAAGUGGAAUCAUCAGACACCAUUGACAAUGUUAAGUCAAAGAUUCAAGACAAGGAGGGUAUCCCCCCUGAUCAACAACGACUGAUCUUCGCCGGCAAGCAGUUGGAAGACGGAAGAACACUCUCAGAUUACAACAUUCAGAAGGAAUCCACCCUACACUUGGUACUGAGACUGCGAGGUGGUAUGCAAAUCUUCGUCAAGACCUUGACUGGCAAGACGAUUACGCUGGAGGUCGAGUCAUCCGAUACCAUCGACAACGUCAAAUCAAAGAUCCAAGACAAGGAGGGAAUCCCGCCUGACCAACAGAGAUUGAUCUUUGCUGGAAAGCAGUUGGAGGAUGGUCGCACUCUAUCUGACUACAACAUCCAGAAGGAGAGCACUCUGCAUUUGGUGCUGAGACUCCGUGGUGGCCAGUAAGCAACUAAUAUCAUAUCGAUGGCGACGACUACGAAUCCUGGUGUUUUCGGUGGCGGAUGAAUGGGUUUUAUGACGACACGGCUCCUCUUUUUGUUAGGAAUGCAUGAAUGACAACGGAACGGCUGGCAGCAACUUGCCGAGCUCCGAGAAGUAGAAUUAUCACAAUACCAAUUGCUUCUCAUCAGA